AUGCCAAAAAGUUCACCUAAAAAAAGUGGAAGUAAUAGAGAUUCUCCGAAAAAGGGAUCUCCUGGAAGUAAAAAAGAUUCUCCGAAGAAAGGAUCUCCUGGAAGUAAAAAAGAUAAAAAGAAGAAAAGUCCAAAUAAGAAAAGCUCACCAACAAAAGCAGAAAUUCCACCACCAAUUCAAAUUAAAAAUAUUAAACGUAAACUUGUUUCAACAAAUGAUGAUUGGCCAAUUUAUCAAUUUGUAAAUUAUUGUUGUCCAGUAUGCAAGAUCACCUUACAUUCAUUUCAAAAAUUUAUUGAACAUUCUUGUUGGCGUAAAUAUUAUCUGGCUAGAUUUCAUUUAGGUGAAACACAAGCAUUUGCCUGUCGUACAUGUAAUCAAGUCUUUUAUUCCCAUGCAGAUUAUAAUUUACACAAAUGUAAUAACCAUAAAAAAUGUUAUGAAAAAAUGUAUCAUGAAGUUGAAGAAGUCCUGCCAAUCACUUAUACGGAUCAUUUUAAUUUCUACAUAGCAUGGAAUCGUCGACAGGAUUGGGAGAGUAAACCACAUGAACCAGAAUGGCAAUUUAUUGUACGUUGUAGUAAAUGUAGUAAUAUGUUUAAAACAAAACUUGAAUAUCUAUUACAUUCAUGUUUUCAAUUCGCUUUACUGCCACCGGUACUUAUUAGACGUUUAAAAACUUGUAUUGAAUGUCAUUUUGUAUUCUUGAAUGAAAACCAAUAUACUACUCAUUUACCAUAUUGUCGUAAAGAUAGGGCAUUUUGUAUUGAUUUUUCUGUUAGUCUAACUGAAUUAGCCAAUCAACAAUUUGUUCUUGGCAGGCAUUGUUAUGAAUUUGAUUAUCACUUACAUCAUGGCGGUGCAUUUAAAGAACGUCGACCAGGUGAACCCCCCGGAGGAAUACCAUUACCACCGGAUCCAUUACCACGUGGACCUGAUAUAUCAGUGAAUUGUUUCCUGUGCGGUUUUAAACAACCAAGUCUUGUUGAAUAUUUUUAUCAUCCAUGCGUGGCGGGAAAAUUGAUUACACCGUUAAGUUUAGAGAUUAUGUUCUUUUGUAAUGAAUGUCAUUGUUUAUUUUAUAAUUUUGAAGAGUUUACAGAGCAUGGGAAAUCGUGUUCAUCGUUAAUAUUCACAUUUAUUCGACUGAAUACACCAGAAUUAAUAAGACUGGCCUUGAAAAGAUGGACGAUUGAUGUUAUGUCUAAUCCUUAUCUACCAGCACGUCAAGUGAAAUUCUUGUGUAGUAUAUGCAAAGAAUUAUUUCGAUGGUUCGACCAAUUUCUAUCACAUCCAUGUCCUAGACGAGAACGUUAUGAACGUCUUUUUCUACAACCUAUGGCACUGUUGGAAACAUUCACCUGUCAAGCAUGUCAUAUAGUUUUAUUUUCGAUAUCUGAAGCCGUCAGUCAUUCUAGUGAAUGUAAAAUUGGUAAAAAUACGAAAAUGAUUCAAAUUCAUUAUACACUAGAUGAAGCGAUUAUCGCGUUGACUCCAUGGAUGCGUGGACCACAACUGCUACAAUUUGAUAUUAAUAUUGGAGUUGGUGAUAUCAAUGAAGAACUUGCCUACAGGACAGAUGAAUACUAUAAACAGCAUGGGAUACAAAAACCAGUGUGUCCAUCAAAAGAGCCUAAAGCAUCAGAGAAGAUAGCUAAAUGGUUGAAUGAAAGAGCCCGACGUGCUUGUAUUCAACUGACGCGUCUAUCAACUCCAGAUUAUAGUAAUGAUCAGUAUAAACCGUCGUUAAAAUUGCCAACGUUGAGUCAUAUGAAAGUGUCACACGGAUACAGUCGUUAA